GUCUCGGCCGCCUCCGCCCUCAGCCCCUCAGGCACCUCCACGCGACCACGCCGUCCUCCCGUCGGUGAUACCCCACCUCCUGCGUCCCUCGGCUCGUCGUCGCUGCCUCUUCUCCGGGCGCCCCAGCCGCCGCUCAGCUAUACGCGGCCCGCACCUCAACUCUCGUGCGGCCAUACUAGUCCACGUGAGCGCCGCGCCUUCCGUCGCCGCCCGAGUCGAGGAGGACGGAGGAGGGCGCGUGCGCCGCGACGAAUUCCAAGUUUCAAUUCAACCGCCGAGCCGACCAACCGCCUACUGGGUCCUCGGUUACCAAGAGCUCCCACCUUCGCCGCCGCCCCCUCACUGCCCUGUAGCUUCAGCAGCAGCAGGACACCAUGAAGCUCGACGUGAACGCCCUGCGCUACCUCACCAAGGACGACUUCCGCGUCCUCACCGCCGUGGAGAUGGGCAUGCGCAACCACGAGAUUGUCCCCGCAGAGCUUGUUGACAGGAUCGCUGGACUGAAGCAUGGAGGCACAUACAAAGUUCUGAGGAAUCUUUUGAAGAACAAGUUGGUGCAUCACGAUGCCACUAAAUAUGAUGGAUAUCGGCUCACCUAUCUUGGAUAUGACUUCCUUGCCAUCAAGACUUUGGUUAAUCGAGGAGUUUUUGCUUCAGUUGGCCGUCAAAUUGGUGUUGGAAAGGAGUCAGACAUAUUUGAGGUUGCGACAGAGGAUGGUACAGUGCUUGCCAUGAAGCUUCAUAGGCUGGGCAGGACAUCUUUUAGGGCUGUGAAAUCUAAGCGUGACUAUCUAAGGCAUCGAAGGAGCUUUAAUUGGCUGUACCUCUCACGACUUGCAGCCUUGAAGGAAUUUGCCUUUAUGAAGGCUUUAGGAGACCAUGGUUUCCCUGUUCCAACUGCUGUGGAUUGCAAUCGACAUUGUGUGAUCAUGUCGCUUGUACAGGGAUAUCCUCUUGUUCAAGUGAAAGAGUUACAGAAUCCAGAUGAUGUUUUUGACACAAUUCUUGGUCUUAUCGUUCGUUUGGCAGAGCAUGGGCUGAUACAUUGUGACUUUAAUGAGUUCAAUAUCAUGAUUGAUGAUGAUGAAAAAAUUACGGUUAUUGACUUUCCACAGAUGGUAUCUGUUUCUCAUCGUAAUGCCCAAAUGUUCUUUGACCGAGACAUUGAGUGUAUCUACAAGUUCUUUAACAAGAGGUUCAAUCUUAAGUCAGAGAAAAAUGAAGAAGAAGUUGGAUCUGAAAGUGAUGGUGAAGGGACUAGUAGGCCAUCCUUUUUGUCUGUGAACAAGGCUGCUGGUUCCUUGGACAAGGAACUAGCUGCUAGUGGAUUUACCAGGAAGGCGCAAGUGGAUAUGGAGAAGUACAUUGAAGAAGAUGCUGAAGGACAGGAUUCCAGCUCAGAUGAUGAUGAUGAGAUUGGUGAUGCUGUGCCUAUUUAUUCCUUGAAAAUAGAUCAGGACCGUUCCGAUGAGCUUGAUUGUAAUCUUACAUCAAGGAAUUCAGGUGGACCUGGAACUUUUUCUGAAGAGCAUGGAACAAGUUGUAGCGGUGAGAGCAGAUUGGAAAGUCCUCCCUCAGAUAGCAAUGGGGACGCUAAGGAACCGCUUGAAUCAGAGGGCAAGGUGCUUCCCCAGGAAGAUGACGAUAAUGAUGAUGAGUCAUCGGACAGUGACGAUGAUGACGAGGAAGAUGCGGAGCUCACAAAAAAAUUAAACAAGCAAAGGAAAAAGGCAAUCGCAGCUGCCCAUGGGCGGAGAAGGCCCGUGUCCUCCAGGAACGCCUACAAGGACAAGGGGAAGGGCACCAUGAACUCCAAAAUUCAGAGGCAGGCGUGCAAGUGGUGAUGGUUGAAGUUGAACACCUGCGGCGCUUCAUACUGCAAUGCUAAAAGAUUAGAUCAAGCAUACGGAUUUGUAUGGGUUGUAGAACUGAGGGCCCCCCUGUUAUAGAAUCAACUCUGGCAAUAUUGUUUUCUAUCGUGCCUUUUUGUAUGCGGUUCUGAUGAGAUCAGUUGAGUGAUGCUUCUGUUUAAUAUCUGAGAAUGAGAAUACAUGUUUGGCAGCUGCCUAA